AUGGUCGUGGAUCCAUCAAAUACACGCCUGUAUGUCGCCGGAGUUAAUUAUCUCUAUGAUUUGCAUUCAUCUGACCUUUCCGUUCGAGUAGAAGCUGUAACGGGACCGAUGGAUGAUUCAGAUCAGUGCAAAGGAGGUGCGUAUGUAGCAUUUUUCCUCGGUUAUUUUCGAUCUUCGCUUUGCAUUUUGAUCAGAUUUUACUUUUUUAAACUUCACUUUUUUAUCCGCCAUUUCGUAUAUUAA